GCAGUCAGUAUGUGUGCGACCCAGCAAAAUUGCAUUACACCCAAGGCCAAGUUCAACCCGAAUACUCAAUUGCAGAGAGAUACUGAUUUGAGGAGGAAAAAAGAAAACGAGAAGGGAUCAAGAGACACUGACCUCUGCUUUUCGUGGCCGGCGCCGCCUCCUCAACCUCCGCAAGGGCUCUGUUUCGGCGCCCCCUCCUGGCCAUGGGGAAUCGGGGAGCAGGGCCAGAGCUCGCCCAGCGCGUCGUGGACUGACGCCAUGGUGGAGGGGGGCGACGGAGGACAAGCCGGGCUGAGGUUCCUCCUCCAGUUCGAUCCGGGAAGGCCGGGCUUCGAUCGCACCCUGCUCGGCGUCUCGCUCUCCGCGCUGCUCAGCCGCCUUCUCGGAUGGAGCAAGGACGGCGGUGGCCAGGGGAGACUGUCCGUGGCGAUCGCGGGGGAGGAAGGUGGUGGCGGCGGCGGCGGCUCCGGGAACGCCGCCAUGUCCGCCGCCGCGCUUGCCGCGGCGGUUUCUUUUUGUCUCGCGGCGAUGUACGCGUCUGACCAGCGGCCUCGCCGCGCACCGCCGCUGCCGCGGCAGCGACGGCGCCUACCGGCGCCGGAUUCAGCUGCUAGGCUUCGUGCUCUGCCAGCGCCCGACGAUGGGCUCAGGAUUCUGUCGUCAAACGAUGAAUCUUUGGAAAACGUGAUUCACGGCGCGUCCAUCGGCGCCGGAGACGACGAGCCGGAUAUUGUCGCGCGAGUGCAGAUGGAUACUACGACGGCCGAAAUCGUCGGAGCAAAUGCCGACGACGAAACAAAGCAAGACCCAUCGGAGCAAGAAGAGCGGCAGGAGCUCGAGCGGCAAGAGCACGAGCGGCUCAGGGAGCUGUGGCUGUCGCUGCUGGAGCGGGAGCAGAGGCUGGAGCUCCGGCUGCAGGAGCUCGAGGGCCUCAGGGCGCAGGUGGCCACCCUGCGGGAGCUCGAGGGACGCGUCGCCGCCGCCACCGUGGAGGAGCGGCGCCUGCAGCUCAAGGUCUCCACGCUGCAGGAUGAGAACGGGAGGCUCAGAGCACAGGUGGAGGAGCUCGACACCGCCCGCGCCGAGCUGGCGCGCGCCAAGGAGAAGCUGCGCGCGAUCAAGGCGCGGGUGCAGGCCGAGCAGGAGGAGGCGCGGCGCGAGGCGGCUGUGCUCCGGGCGAAGGUGGCGGACCUGGAGAGGGGCGGCGAGGAGACGGCUGGUGCGCUGGCUGCAGAGAUUGCGGAGCUGCGGAAGGCGAACGCCGCGCUGGAGGAGGAGAACUUGGAGCUUGCCCUCAGGCUGCAGGAUGCACAACAGGCUGCGUCCUCUGUUGAUCCAGUUCUUGAGGAGGACAUGGCUGAGGAGGCGAGGUACCUGAGGGAGAGCAACGAGAGGCUGACCAGGCAGAUCGAGCAGCUUCACAACGACCACUGCGCGCACGUCGAGGAGCUCGUCUACCUCAAGUGGGUCAACGCCUGCCUCCGCCACGAGCUCCGCGACCAUGACGGCCACCCCACUACCGAGCAACAGGACCACCACCACGAUGACAACGCCGGCGCCGGAGACCUGUCGGCCCUGGAGCUGAGCAAGAGCAUGAGCUUCCGCUCCAGCGAGAGGGCCAAGCAGCUGAUGCUCCGGUACGGCCACCCCGGCCUCGAAGGCUUCGACCCCGCCCUCUUCUCCCCGCUGCACGAGUCAGUCGAUGGCGAUGGCGACGAGCGGUCGCCCGCGCGCAACUACUACGAGCCGGAGCGGAGCCCUUAUGCUAGGUCGGAGAAGACGAUGGCCGCCUCUGCCGCCGCCGGUAGCGCGGCGGCGGCGCCAGGGAAGAAGGCCGGGCCGCGCAAGCUCAAGUUCCUGGGCAACAUCAAGAAGCUGCUCCCAGGCGGCAAGAGAGGCCACUCAAGCCACGGGCACGGGCACGCCGGCCGCGACAGCAGCAGGAAGGCGCCGGCGCCGAGCGAUGAGUACCUCGAGAAGGCCAUGCAGUGGCUGUCGGCCCACGACGCGUUCGACGGCGGUGACCACUCGUACGAGAGCACGCCGCUGUCGUCGUGCGCGCGCACGCCGCUGAGCAGCGUGACGACCGCCACGACGGCGGACUCGCGCGCCCGCGGCGGCGGCGGCCACAGCGAGCGCGGGGAGACGACGACGCGGGCGGAGGCGGGGCCGACGAUGGCACGGUCGAGGAGCGACGCCGGCAGGUCGUACGGGCGGGAGGCGAGCCGGUACCACGCGCUCAGGCCGGACCACCCGGCUGGCGGCGGGAUCGAACCGGACGGGUCUCGUGCGACGGAGAAGCGUGAGCCGAGGAGGCGGUCGGAGGAGCUGAGGAGCCCGGCGGUGGCGUGAUGAGGACAGGGGGCAUGCAUUGAGACUUGAAAUUGAAAGUGAUGCGCAGAUGCAAUCAACGCAUUAACAGGAACUGGCUUAUAAAAAAAAAAGGGACUGCAGCAUGCAAAAGACAGGGUUUUUCUUGUGAAUAUUUGUACUCAUGUUGAAGCGUGAACCUGGAUCGAAAAAGUGCCAUGUUGAUGAUUGAUGACUGAUGAGUCGAGAAAAGACGAUGUAAGAGAAGAUCCGCAUCAUGUUCGGAUGAAUGAUGAUAACAACAUUUUGUAGUUUUCUCCCC